AUGAAGGAUCAUCAUCCGCCUGCAUCCCCAUUAGGAUCAGGGGAACGUUCCCCGUUUAAAGAUCUGACAAAUACGCCUACUCAUGUGAAUGCAAAUCAAGCGGGUGAAAAAUUGCAAGAACAAACACCAAAAAGUGGUCAAAAUUGGUUUGCACGAAUGUCCGAUGAGAAGAGAGCGGAAUACAACAAGAAGCGAUGUAUUGCCCGAGCACGAAGACACCUUCUCCACUACGGUCUACUCACAGCGCCUACGGUUCAGAGAUGCAUGUUCACUGAAAGUACUCCUGUGAAGGCUGCAUAUUCUACUAACUUCCUAUGUAGAAGCAUGCUCAUAGGAAGUUCAUCUACAUUGAUUCUUGAUUUACCCUUCUUAUUACCAUUUGCUAACUUAACCACCUCUCUCUCUCUCUCUCAUGUUGUUUCUGAAGAUGUUUUAUGUGUCAUGUCGACAAGGGUGUUUGACGGGAAAUCUAGGAAGGCUGCAUAUGAGGUGAAUCAAGGAAGUUGGUAG